GAGGUUGCUCACAUGAUCAGCCACGUAACGCGACGGCGCCUGUAGCUCUGUGCGGUGCGUUCGCGGCCUAGCUGCCUGCCGGUCUAAGCGGCCUCGAGAGGGAUAGGCCUCGCUUCCCCGGCCAGCGCCUGCGGUUACUGCUAAAAAAAAUGUCUUUUCCACCUCACUUGAAUCGCCCUCCUAUGGGUAUCCCAACACUGCCACCUGGAAUUCCACCUCCACAGUUUCCAGGUUUUCCUCCACCUGUACCUCCUGGUACUCCAAUGAUUCCUGUGCCAAUGGGUAUUAUGGCUCCUGCACCAACUGUAUUAGUCCCAACCACUGUAUCAAUGGUUGGAAAACACAUGGGAGUUAGAAAAGAACAUCCAGGUCUAAAGAAUAAGGAAAACGAUGAAAACAGUGGUCCUACUACCACUGUCUUUGUAGGCAACAUUUCUGAGAAGGCUUCAGACAUGCUUAUACGACAACUUCUUGCUAAAUGUGGUUUGGUUUUGAGUUGGAAGAGAGUUCAAGGAGCAUCUGGAAAACUUCAAGCCUUUGGGUUUUGUGAAUAUAAAGAGCCAGAAUCUACACUACGAGCACUCAGAUUGCUACAUGAUCUCCAGAUUGGAGAGAAGAAACUGCUAGUAAAAGUUGAUGCCAAGACAAAGGCUCAGCUAGAUGAAUGGAAGGCAAAGAAGAGGGCUUCCAAUGGGAACUCCAGGCCAGAAUCUACAACAGAUGAUGAAGAAGCCCUUGAUGAAGAAGCAAAGAGAAGAGACCAGCUAAUUAAAGGGGCCAUUGAAGUAUUAAUACGGGAAUAUUCCAGCGAGCUCAAUGCCCCCUCUCAAGAAUCUGACUCUCAUCCCCGGAAGAAGAAAAAGGAAAAGAAGGAGGACAUUUUCCGCAGAUUUCCAGUGGCCCCACUGAUACCUUAUCCACUCAUCACCAAGGAGGAUAUAAAUGCUAUAGAAAUGGAAGAAGACAAAAGGGACCUGAUAUCCCGGGAGAUCAGUAAAUUCAGAGAUACACACAAGAAAUUGGAGGAGGAAAAAGGCAAAAAGGAGAAAGAGAGACAAGAAAUUGAAAAAGAACGGCGUGAAAGAGAGAGGGAGCGGGAGCGUGAAAGAGAGAGAAGGGAGCGUGAACGAGAAAGGGAGAGGGAGCGUGAACGGGAGAAGGAGAAAGAACGGGAGCGUGAACGAGAGCGGGAUAGAGAUCGGGACCGCACUAAAGACAGAGACCGGGACAGGGAAAGAGAUCGGGACAGAGACCGUGAAAGGAGCUCAGACCGCAAUAAAGAUCGGAGCAGAUCUAGAGAGAAGAGCAGAGACAGAGAGAGGGAACGGGAGCGGGAACGAGAGAGGGAACGGGAGCGAGAGCGGGAACGGGAAAGAGAACGGGAAAGAGAACGGGAGCGAGAACGAGAAAAGGACAAGAAAAGGGAUAGAGAAGAGGAUGAAGAAGAUACCUAUGAACGGCGCAAACUGGAAAGAAAGCUACGUGAAAAGGAAGCAGCUUAUCAAGAGCGUCUUAAAAACUGGGAGAUCAGAGAACGGAAGAAAGCUAGGGAAUAUGAAAAAGAAGCUGAGAGAGAAGAAGAAAGACGAAGAGAAAUGGCAAAGGAAGCUAAACGUCUGAAAGAAUUUUUAGAAGAUUAUGAUGAUGACAGAGAUGAUCCAAAAUAUUACAGGGGAAGUGCUCUGCAGAAGAGAUUGCGAGACAGGGAAAAGGAAAUGGAAGCAGAUGAACGGGAUAGGAAAAGAGAAAAGGAAGAGCUGGAAGAAAUCAGGCAACGCCUUCUAGCAGAAGGACAUCCAGAUCCAGAUGCAGAACUACAAAGGAUGGAACAAGAGGCUGAAAGACGUAGACAGCCACAAACCAAACAGGAGCCAGAAUCUGAGGAAGAGGAGGAAGAAAAGCAAGAGAAAGAAGAGAAAAGGGAAGAACUAGAAGAGGAAGAAGAAGAGCCGGAGCAAAAGCCCUGCCUUAAACCAACACUUCGACCCAUCAGCUCUGCCCCAUCUGUUUCAUCUGCAAGUGGCAAUGCAACUCCAAACACCCCUGGGGAUGAAUCUCCCUGUGGCAUUAUUAUCCCACAUGAAAAUUCACCGGAUCAGCAGCAGCCAGAAGAAUAUAGGCCUAAAAUAGGACUUAGCCUCAAACUGGGUGCCUGUAAUAGUCCCAACCAGCCUAAUGCUGUGAAGAGAAAGAAACUUACUGUGGACAGUGUAUUCAAUAAAUUUGAGGAUGAAGACAGUGAUGACAUGCCCCGAAAAAGGAAAUUGGUGCCUUUGGAUUAUGGUGAUGAGGACAAAGGCUCUUCCAAAGGCAGCGUCAAUACAGAAGAAAAGCGUAAACAUAUUAAGAGUCUAAUUGAGAAAAUCCCUACAGCCAAACCAGAGCUCUUUGCUUAUCCUCUUGAUUGGUCUAUUGUGGAUUCAACUUUAAUGGAACGUAGAAUUAGACCAUGGAUCAACAAGAAAAUAAUAGAAUAUAUUGGUGAAGAAGAAGCUACUCUAGUUGACUUUGUUUGCUCAAAGGUUAUGGCUCAUAGUUCACCACAGAGCAUUUUGGAUGAUGUUGCUAUGGUGUUAGACGAAGAAGCUGAAGUUUUUAUAGUCAAAAUGUGGAGAUUAUUGAUAUAUGAAACAGAAGCCAAAAAGAUUGGUCUGGUAAAAUAAAGAAUCUUUUUUGUUUUUAGGGCUUCAUUUCAAUUUUUGUUUCCCAUCACUGGAGAACUUUGAAGUUACUCUGUCCUCAGAGAUAUUUGUGCAACCUGUAUUUUUUAAAUGUAGAAAAUGUGAAUUUUUUUUUCAUCCUUUGUUACACUAAGGUCCCACUUCUCAAGCUUCCUUGGUUGUAAUUAUCUGACUCCUGCCUUGUUAGUUUUUCAUUUGUCACGUACAGUUACAGGUAUGGUUUAUAAAUUGCAGCUGCUGUACAUGGAUUCUGAUCUUCAUCUUCUAAACUGUUUCUUGUAAAUAUUAAAAAGACCAAUGUUUUGGAAAACAUCUGCGCUUACCACAUACCCAAAAUAACUGAAUUUUAUGUACAUGUAUCAACCUCUUCUUUCCCUUCUCCAUUUUUAAAAAUUGGAAUAAACUUUAGAAUUCUAAAAAUGGAUGGGAGACAUUUUGCUGGCAUACAGUUUUCAUCUGCAUGGAUGUGGACUCAUUCCCUAGUUGGAUGUUGUAUUAUUUCUAGAUGAACCUGUAAAACAUGGUGAAAUUGCAUCAGCUUGGGCAUCCUUGUAAAGUCAUCGACUCCCUCAUUACAUGAGGCCUUUUAUUCAGUUAAGCUGAUGACAGAAUUUCAUACUUGGGUUUUUGUUUUUGUCUUCUUCUUCUUCUUUUUUUAAAUCAAGGGUAACUAGUACACAAAUUUGAUUUUAGCCUUCCCAGUAAACCUGACAUUUUAAAUAUUUUUUUUAAUUUAAAAGAAAAUUCAUAUGCCAGUUAGGGAUACUUAUGGAAAGAAAAGGUUUAAAGAUGUAAGUAGCACAACAGUUUACAAUAUCAAAUCAUAUGUUUUCAAACAAUGGAGAAAUUUGUUCUUAUGUAAGCCAUCAAGUCAGCUGUGACUUUAUUCUUUUUUGUACUGUAAGCUGUGUCUGUUGGAUUGAUGGAGGGUAAUAUUUCCUGCCCUCUUACUCUGUAUGGGUUUUAUACAUAUGCUGAUGUGGUAUAAAUAACAAUGUACUGUAAACUGCAUUUUUUUAAUCUCAUACACAAGUUUAAAAAAGACUGAAUGCUAUGGGUCUUCUAUUGCAGGAUAAACACUUUCCAGGAAGCAACAGUUUUCUCAAUUUUUAAAAUACUGUUCCUCUAAUAUCUCUUACCUGAAGGAUACAGGUUGACUUAUUUAAGAAGGCAUAACUGUGACCCUGAGUUACUAAAUCCUUGCAUUAUAAAACGACAUCUGAAAAAACUGUUCUUAAUAAAUGGGAUCAUAUAAAGGUUCCACCAUGUAAAUAUUUCAGAUAUUAAAAAUGUAUAUAUUUGAGCUGGA